CGUCGGCCAUGUUCAUGACAUCCGAAAGAAUGAACGACUCGUUGAAAGGAGGGUGUAUAAACAUUCAGAUCAGUGGAAUGCAAUCUUAAAGAAACUUAAUAGGAUUGAAGCUGAAAACUAGUUUAACAAAUUAUUUAAAACCGCUGGUGACAAAACAAUCGCCAUUGGACGCAGUGAUUAAUUGACGUUUAGAAUCGGAAGUAUGCAGGUUAUUUUGACAGGCUCCCCCUAAAAGCAGAGUGAUAAUUUUACUAAUUUCAGACAAAAUAUGUAUUCUUACUGUAAGUGAAAGAACCAAAGAUCAUACCUUGUAUAUAGAAAACAAGGUAUGAGUGCAGUCUGUUCUCAAAAAUUUGAUUCACGAAGGUUUAAAGACGCUCUUUCGACAAUAUGAUGUCUGCAGAAGAGCGUUUAAAAAAGUUAAGUGAUUUGUAUGUGGGAGGGGUGCCGAACAGCAAUGGACAAGCCCUCAGUGUGGAGACCCUCCUGGACGUUCUCAUUGUCCUUUAUGAUGAGUGCUGCAACACCACACAACGCAGAGAGAAAAACAUAUCCGAGUUCAUAGAUUUUGCCAGACAGAUUGUUUCCAAGGUUAAGCAGUAUCGAUUACACCGAGAUGAUUUUGAGGUCAUUAGAAUCAUUGGAAAAGGGGCAUUUGGGGAGGUUGCUGUUGUUAAGUUAAAAUCCACUGAUAAAGUUUAUGCCAUGAAGAUUUUAAAUAAAUGGGAGAUGCUGAAACGAGCGGAGACGGCUUGUUUCAAAGAAGAGCGAGAUGUCUUGGUAUAUGGUGACAGAAGAUGGAUUACAAAUCUACACUAUGCCUUCCAAGAUGACAACUACUUGUACCUGGUGAUGGACUACUACUGUGGGGGAGACCUACUGACCCUCCUUAGUAAGUAUGAGGACCGGCUACCUGAGGACAUGGCCCGGUUCUACAUUGCCGAGAUGGUGCUGGCCAUCCACUCUCUCCACACGAUGAACUACGUCCACCGGGACAUCAAGCCAGACAACGUACUGCUGGAUCUGACAGGACAUAUUGUACUGGCCGACUUCGGCUCCUGUCUCAAAAUGCUGGAUGAUGGGACGGUCCAGUCCUCUGUUGCUGUGGGUACCCCUGAUUACAUCUCCCCAGAAAUUCUUCGGGCUAUGGAGGAUGGACACGGCCGUUACGGUCCUGAGUGUGAUUGGUGGUCGUUAGGAGUCUGUAUGUACGAGAUGUUGUACGGAUUUACACCCUUCUAUGCCGAGUCACUCGUAGAAACCUACGGCAAAAUCAUGAACCAUCAGUCCAAGUUUGAGUUCCCAACCGAUGAAGAUAUAGAAGACAUAUCAGACGAAGCUAAAGACCUACUCCAGCAACUUAUAUGUGGAGCAGAUAGGAGGUUUGGGAAAAAUGGUCUGGAAGACUUCAUCAGUCACCCGUGGUUCAAAGGCAUCAAGUGGGAGGAAAUCCGAGACAUGAAUGCUCCGUACAUACCUGAAGUAAGCAGUCCCACAGACACCUCCAACUUUGAUGUAGACGAAAGUGACUUCAGGCACACUGAUACUGUGCCACCCACUUCUAAUGCUGCAUUCAAAGGACAUCACCUUCCCUUUAUUGGCUUUACUUUCACCAAAGACAGUCAAAUUUCUGACACUGGAAAUCUUCAGGAUACCUCAGGGAUUGCCACAGAAAACCUUGAAUCUCUUGCUGCAGCUGCUUUUGAGAGGAGGAUAGCUAAUUUAGAGAGGGAAAACAAGGAGUUACAAAGGAAACUAGCAGAAGCAAAUGCCACGAUACAAAGAGGCAGUAGUUCAGGGGAGAUCAAUCCAGCAGCUGGAGCUUCCUCAGCAUCUGCUGAAUCCGAGGUCCGUCAGCUGAAAGAGGAAAUAGCCGUGUUACACAGAGUCGUAGCAGAAUCUCAGACCGAAAUCAGUGAAGUGGAACAAGACUUUAAAAGAGCACAGGACCUCAAAAUCGACCUGGAACGUAAAAUGAGGAUCAUUGACGAGGAGAAAAUGGCUCUGGAAAAGGAUUUGCAGGAUUUGAGGGACAAGUACAAGUUACAAGCAAGAGAACUCAAAGAUGCCGUAGCCAAACAAAAGAUUGCCAUUGAACAAUUUACGGACACAAAUGAGUCAUUAUUGAAAUCUCAGUCCAAAGUAAAAGAAUUAACAAGGGAUGCUAGGAACAAAGAUGAAGAAAUCGAUGAAUAUAGACGGAAGUUAGAAAGUGUCAAAAACGAAAGGAGGAGGGCAGAGAAAAAUGUCCAGGAGCUUCAUGGCCAGGUGGACGAGUAUCGAGCCGAUUCCAACAAGGAGAGGAAACUCAGAGAGCGAGCUGAGCAGUACUCAAGGGAACUGGAGCAGGAAAUAGAGGCCGCCAAACGGAAAAAUAUCAGUCGGGGGCCCAGCGCAAGUCAAGUGUUAGAAAUGUCUCAGGAAAUCUCAAGGCUAAAAACAGAACUUGACAGAAAAAGUGUAGAAGUAGAAGAAACUAUCACAAAACUGAACUCUAAACACCAUGCAGAAAUAAAGGACAAACAGUUCCAAGUGUCAGAAGUGGAGAAUAGAAACAAAGACUUGAACCGUGAAAACAGUGCAUUAAAAGAAAAGUUAAAUAACCAAGUAUCAAUAGAGGACUUAAUUAACCAAAUACAGAGACUUAAAUUACAGUACGAUAAUACAGAACGGGAAAGGUCACAGAUCAAUGAUGAAAAUGAAAGACUGAAAGAAGAAAUCGCCUUCCAACAAUCCACGAUGAAUGACGUGGUGAAAGAGAAGAAUCAGCUGGAACAGGAGAUGAGGGAGAUUUAUGACAAACGGGAAUCAGUGGCUCAAUGGGAGGCUCAAAUCUCAGAGAUCAUCAAAUGGGUCAGUGAUGAGAAGGAUGCUCGUGGCUACCUCCAAGCCCUGGCCAGUAAGAUGACAGAGGAAUUAGAAAACCUCAAAGUGAUGGGCGUGUCUGACGAUGGGGGACGUCAGCGUUGGAGGAACCGGCGGUCCCAGAGACUGGAUAAGAUGGAACUGCUGACCCUCCAAUCUAAUCUGAACAGUGAAAUCCAGGCCAAGACCCAGAUCAGCGAGGAACUGACCCGGGUCAAAUCUCAGAGCGUCAGCCUUGAGAAUAAAAUUGAGGAACAGAGCCAGUUGAUUGAGAAGUUGAAUAAGGACCUUGAUGAACUUCGAGCUGAGAAUCGACAAUUACAGAACCAGAAACUCAGUGACUGGGAGAAGUCCAAUCACCAGGAUACUAGUCUUAUGACAUUUAUAAAGGGCCAGUUCUCAAUACUUAAUGACUCUGAUGUGGAUGAGAGUGUACAUGAUGAGGACAGUAUCAGUGAGGACGCCCUGUCCCGGGGGGCCGACUCGCGGACCAACUCUCGCCAAGAUCUGAGUCACCACGAGGAACCCCACCACCCUCCCCCCAGCACCUCUAGUCCUGCCAGCACCAUCCACACCAGUCACCCCGCCACUGGCACCACCGAGCAGGUGUACGACCAGCCCUGGGGGGCCUCCAAGAUCGGUAUCCCCAUCAGUCCCUCCCAGAGUCUGCCCGCCCAGCCCAAAACUCAUCAGUUCCUCAUGAAGACAUUCUCAUUACCAUAUAAAUGUAAUCACUGUACAUCACUCAUGGUGGGCAUUCAGAGGCAGGGAGCAACGUGUAGUGAAUGUGGGUACUCGUGUCACAUCCACUGUAUGGAGAAGGCCCCCAUGGUGUGUCCGGUCCCUCCGGAUCAAACUAAGCGACCAAUGGGUAUAGAUGUUUAUAAAGGAAUAGGCACAGCCUAUGAAGGUUAUGUUAAGGUUCCUCGAUUAGGGGGAAUCAAGAAAGGCUGGACGAGGCAGUUUGUUGUAGUCUGUGAUUUUAAAUUAUUUUUGUAUGAUAUUAAUCCUGAUCGUAACCAGCCCAGUCAUAUAGUUCAACAAGUGCUAGAUAUGAGAGAUGAAGAGUUUACAGUAAGCCCAGUGCUGCCGUCAGACGUCAUUCACGCCAACAAGAAGGAUAUUCCCUGUAUAUUUAGGGUGACAACCAGUGAACUUAAUCCACCAGGCUCCAAACACCAGGUGUUAAUGCUGGCUGAGAGUGAACAAGAAAGACAUCGCUGGGUGGGCGCUCUCAACGAGCUCCACAAACUUCUACGCAAAAAUAAGCUUCCAAACAAAGCAGCCUAUCUUGCACAAGAAGUUUAUGACAAUGGUUUAUCUCUAGUCAAAGGAACAUCAUCAGCUCAAGUGCUAGAUUCAAAUCGUGUGGUUCUGGGGACAGAGGAUGGACUCUUUGUUGCCCAGUUAGCUAAAGAUGUGUUGCUAAGAGUUGGAGACAAGAAACCCGUCUUUCAAGUUGAACUGGUUCCCAGUGAACAGCUUGUGGUCUUCAUCAGUGGUAAACAGAAGCACAUAAAGCUGCUCCAUCAGUCGGGGUUGGAGGGCCAUGACACAGACCCGGUUAAGAUCCAGGAGACGCGGGGGUGUCAAAUGUUCUGUGUGGGGUCAAUAUCUCACGGACUACAGGGCGGUAACAUCACGUGUCUCUGUGUCGCAAUUAAACGGACUGUGCAGGUGUAUGAACUGAACAAAACACGCCAAAAGUUUCGCAAACUGAAGGAGAUUCAGGUGCCCGGGCAUGUGCAGUGUUUAGAGAUGAUGAGUCAAGGGCUGUGUGUGGGAUGUCCUUCCUAUUUUGCUAUUUAUAGUGUUCAAGGGGAUUCCCCACCUACAGCUUUGUUGAAUGCUGAGGAUAAUUCUCUCCAAUACCUGAGUCGAACACAAAAUGACUCCCUGCUGGCAGUGGAGUUACCAAAGAAUGAAUUUCUACUGGUCUUUAGUGUUUGUGGUGUGUAUGUAGAUUCUAGUGGGAGAAGGAGUCGUCCCUAUGAACUCAUGUGGCCAGCUCAGCCCCACUUUGUCUCCUACAAGGAACCCUACCUCACCUGUUAUACAGAGAACACAGUGUACAUGUUUGAAGUCAACCAAGGAGAGUGGGUCCAGACACUGUGUUUAAAAAAGACAAAGCCCCUAUCAAGGGACGGCUCAUUGAAUCUCUAUACCAAUAUAGACAUGCAGUAUAUUGUCUACUUCAAAGACCUACACGCAGAAGAAGACACCUUGGCUAUAUCGGAAAUUUUUAAGGGAAAAAGUGUCAAUCGUAACAAACGAAGGUUUUCUUUUAAAACAAGAGACGAUCACGAUCGGGGAUCGCGGGGCCCUGAACGGAGAUCGCGGGAAAUCUCAGCUCCGAUGUCCUUCAGUCAUGUGGCUCACAUGGGCCCGGAUCAGGUGUUCUCCUCCGGCACCGCCCACAACGUUCCUACCGCCACCCAGUCAGACAGGAGGUCGAAGAUUAUAUCUGGUCCAAUCAACUUCAGUCAUGUGGCCCACAUGGGACCAGAUCAAGGAAUGCAGGCCCUGAUUGACCUGCCCAGGGGUGCUCAGAGUGGAAAUGGAAUGCCAACAAGCCCAGGGGUGGAUCCAAGCCAAAAGAACAAGCUCUUCUCCAUGAAAGCUCUCCAGGAAGUUCAAAUGAGGGGGGCCAGGACGUCAAUGGCACAUCCAAAUGGAAGUGCCCGGCGUGAUUCAAGUUCAAAGGUCGGCGCUAUGAACAACAGUCCUCGUCAACCGUCAGCCUCAUACCCUGAAAGUCCCGACACGUCUAACGAUACGUCAUCUCUGGGCGAUCUCUCCACUGCCAUAUUUGAGCAGCUUUCCAAUUCAGUAUGUGGUCUGACACUAAAGGAUAUCUCGUUUGACCGGCCAGGCACACGACUGUCUGUGGCCUCCACUGCCAGUAGUACCUAUAGCAGCGCCUCGGCCCGGGAAAGUCUGUCAGAGGAACAUCACCAGCAGGAGGAGCCCGAAGUCGAGACAUCUCACCUAUGAUUAGGCUCAGGUCGAGAUCAAAACAUCUUACCUGUGAUUCAUUUCACCUGUCGGAACUCGCCCUGAGAUAUAGCCAGAUGACACUCUGCUGGGGAUGGUCACAUGACAUGGCAGUGUAUAAGAGUUAUCUCCCCAUUGUAUUUUAGCCUCCAUUGUUUCUAAUAUACAUGGCUUAAUUGUUCAGCUGUCGUCAUGCUUCAGUGAUCACAUGUUAGAGAAAAAAAUGUCAAGUGUUCAUUUUGAAUCUGUGGUGUAGUGUUGAAGGGCAGAAAUUCAAUGUUUAAUAUAAUGUGUGUUAUGGACAUAAUCAUGAUCAAAUUUACUUAAUCGGUUCUCUGAUCAAAGUCCUUCCUCCCUCUGUUAGGAAUCUGUUUUCUGUGGUUGUUUUCCUCCUAUUGUUACUUAAGAUCUGAAGAGUUUUUAUAAUUCAUGUACUAGGUCCAUUUUGUAUAAAUUGUCACAAGAGAUUAUAAUACUGUUUUCCCCCUUUGUAAUCCUAACUAAUAAUAUAUUUGUUUUGUCAUUUACACACAGUAUUUAUCAAGCUCCAGAUAUGUGAUUAUGACAUGAGAGAAAGAUAUAUUAAGCCUAUUUUUAGGUUCAGCUGUUUGGGUUACUAGUUUUACUAAGUUUUUAUUACGUGGUUAAUUUUUACAGCGAAGGAUUAUGAUUUUUAUGAGUGGCUUGGUGUUAAUAGUUCUGUUGCUAUGUAUUGUAUCAGCAUGGAUUUCAAUUUAUGUCUUCCAUUAUUUUUUUUUUGUGGUCUGAUCUAAUGUGAUACAACAACAGGUGCCCCCCCCCCCCUAUGAUGUGAGAUGGGCCAGCUCCCCCCCUGUACAUGGUGCUCUACUAACUGUACUUAACAAACCAAAGCAAAUAUCAGUUUCUUUUUUAUUUGCCAUGUGUACAGAAUGGUUCUUUGUUUUUUUGUGCCAAAGACAUUUUACUGAUGAUAGAUGGGACAUGUGAUGUAUAAACAAAUCUAGUACUUUUGUCCCCUUUAUUCUUCCAGAAUUGUUAUUUUGACGAUGGUUUGUUUUCAAAUUUUAUGCUUGCUUCUGAUAUAUGAUUUAGUAUUUAAAUAAUUUUUUGAACUUCAUAUUUGAAAUUCAUUGAAGCUAGCACUUGUUGAUAGUUAUUAAGUAUAGUUCAGUUAAUUUGUUCAUUAUAUCUUGGGUUUCUAUCAAUGUUUUUAGAAUUUUUAGAGAAAAAAAACAUUGUUCAAUUUGUAAGACUAGUGAUAUUUUGAAUGAUACAGCCAGCCCUCAUGGAUCUGAAAAGACAGAAAAAUUUGAAAUGUGAAGUGAAGAGAGAUUUUUUCAUAAAUGGCAAUGCAAUAGCUUGUCUCAUAAUGCAUUACAUGUCAUUCAUUAUCCCAAUAGUGUGUACCAGAAUAUUAAUUAUAUUAAUUAUAACUAAUAUAUUACAUGGUCAGUGUGGUGACCUGAUAGUUGAUUGGGAGUGGUGCGUAGAUGGGUGUACGGCGUAGAUAGGUGUUAACGAGGGACACAACACGUGACAUUCCAGUGUCUGGUUAAUUAACACUGGACUGGUUAAUUAACACUGGACUGUUUAAUUAACACUGGACAGGUGUCCUCCACACUGCUAGUUCUAGUACAGCUGCACUCAGCCAUCCGUUCUCGUGUUACCAUGAGAACCGUGCCAUAACUUCUCUAUGUAUUCUACCUCCGCUAGAACAAAUCAUUUCUCCGUUUCUUGUAUUUUACAAUUGAUCAGAAUAUUUUAAUGUCAAGGUAAUUUUUCAUCAUGAGCAACAACAGAAACUUGGCGUUCUGAGAAAUUAGGUACUAGUAAUACUGACUAGCAAAUUUUAAUUCAAGUUGACUUACCAUUUAAAAGCAAGUCCUUAAAUCCAUCCCCCUCCCCAUUAAUGUGCAAGAUAUCUCCCACUUAGAAGACAACAAUUUAACCACUGUAAGUGUUGAAGUCCACUGUUGAGCCCCGACCCUGAUUUUUAAAUUAAAAGAGGACACCUCUUAAGUAAAGUUUAUCCCCCUUGCUAGGUUUGAGUCUUAGUCCUUUUAAGAGGUUAGUCUUUAUUCCCUCUUCUCUAGUGACAUGUUUCAAGUUCAAGGACAAAACUCAAUCUGGCACCAUAGAAACUUAAUCAUUAUUUCAAGAAGUAAUUAAUCAGUUAAAAUGAAUUAAUAUAGUGAUAUUUAUUUUGAAAAAUGCUAAAAUCUUUCCUUUUUCCAUUCCAAAAUCCUGUUUUUUUUUUUUUAAAUAUUGCUAGGCAAUAGAGCAUAACUUGUUAUGAUGUGAUGGUUGACCUUUGACUUUUAAGCCUGCAUACAUUAAGAUAGUUGUCUUCUGUACCAGGAAUCAAAAUAAUUAAGUGCAAUUGAGGGUGUACAUAGUGUGAAGUUGAGGAUGUAUAUAUGUAUAUGUGUCGCUGUAUAAACUGCAUAUCAGUCAGGCUGUUUGUAGCUCCCAAUGCGUAGGCCUCUGCUUAUUACUGUAUAGAAGUUUUUUAACACAAUAAUUAUUAACUAUGUAUUAAAUGCAAAUUAUAAAAAAUGACAAUGAAACAGACAAUUAUUAAAAAACUGCUGGAAAUAUCA